CCCGAAACAGUCCGGCUGGCGAGACACUUCCACAACAUACGUACAUUCGGCCAAGAUGAAAGCAAAUGGCGGCAGGAUACUGGUUGUGAUAACCAUCCUCCUCAUCGCCACGCUCUGCGUCACGGCUGCAGGAUUAAUGAAAUCAGUCACGAACACGAAGCGUAGCCCAGACUUAUGCCAUCCUCUGGUGAUCGCCCACCGAGGAGCCAGCGGAUACGUGCCCGAACACACACUCGGUGCCUACAGCCUGGCCAUCACGAUGGGUGCUGACUACGUGGAACCCGACGUCGUCAUUACCAAAGACGGCCACUUAGUGGCUAGGCAUGACAAUGAACUGGGUCUCACUACAGAUGUCAGUCAACGCUCUGAAUUUGCUGAUCGUCGUCGAACCCAAAAUAUAGAUGGCACUGAAAUGACAGGCUGGUUUACCGAAGACUUUACUCUCGAUGAACUUAAGACAUUGCGAGCUAUUGAGCGUAUACCUCAGAACCGACCGGGUAAUGCACGAAUGGAUGGUGCGUUUGACAUUCCUACUAUCCAAGAAAUUAUUGACUUAGUGAAAAGCUUGGAAAUAAGUCAACGCCGAAUCAUUGGAAUUUAUCCUGAAAUCAAGCAUAGCACACACUUUCAGCGACUAGGACUACCAAUCGAAGGGCCUCUCGUCACACUUCUGCAUAACAACGGGUAUGAAGGACGUGAUGCUCCUAUAUAUAUUCAGUCUUUUGAAGUUAAUAACUUGAAGGAACUCAAAAAAAUCACUGAUUUAAAGCUUCUUCAGCUUUACAGCAGUGACCAAUCAUCUCAGCCUUUUGAUCAAGCUGUACAAGGCACCAAUCUUACUUACGGCGCCAUGGCUACAUCGGAAGGGCUGCAAGAUGUAGCGUCCUAUGCAUAUGCAGUCGGUCCCGACAAAAGCUACGUUAUUCCACGCGACGAAAAUAACCAUCUCGGUAACCCAACUAUGUUUGUGGCUGACGCCCAUGCGGCAGGUUUAAAGGUGCAUCCUUACACGUUUCGUACUGAAAAUACAUUUCUACCAGCUGAGUUUAAUAGCAGUCAAGAAUCUGAAGCAGCAAUUGGCAACCUUAAGGGAGAGAUAAGCGUUUUUCUGGCUGCAGGUAUAGACGGUCUUUUUGCUGACCACCCUGAUAUACCCGUACGUAUGCGAGGACCAUGUCUUUGAAAUAUAUUUUUCGAAAUAAAAGUAUUAGGAUCAUAAUAAAUAAAAAUAUGCAAUUAUGCAAACUGAAGGAUGACACGCUAGAAGCCUUACGGGCCUAGAUGUUUUAUAACACGAACCAACCCGGCAUCUAGUGACACUUAAUUGACACAUCAGCCCGUUUCGUUCUGUUCUAGCAAGUCAUGCUCAAGUUAUACUUAAAUUGCUAUUUUAUUUUACGUGCACAAUAUCUAGGGGACUGCACGGGAAGCAUGGUCGCGCGAUAGACGAUAAAAUAUCAGACCGUCGCUAUCGCACUAUUAGUAAGUUCGAUAGGGACGGCCAGAUGUUUUAUCAUUAAUCGCGCGACCAUACUUGCCUGCCUGGACACCGGUCUCGCAGCUUAUACCUACAUAUGAUUGUGCCAUCACAUGAGUAGGCCUAGCACAUGAUUGUCGCGAGAGUAUGUCGCCGUGAGAUAGAAAGAUGACAUGUCAUCUAUCUCGCGCCGACAUAGGUACUCUCGCGGCAAUCAUGUGCUAGGCCUACUGGUUGCGAGGGAAUUGAAAAUCGAAGCGAAUGAUGGAAAAAACCGACGCUGCAACGCAGCGACUUCACCGCCAGGCGCAAGCUUAUUUUAGAGCGAGAUUUGUCAAAAGAAGCGCCCUAAAACAUAUAUUAUGAGAUGAGCAAUAUGAGGUACCUAAUGUAAACGGUAGUUAUACAAGAAAUGCUGAUAUAUACUUACUAAAUUAAGUUUAAUGUUAGUACCUAAUCUAGAAUAAGCUAAGCCAAAAUGUAUUUAUUGUGAAUGUACUACCAAAUCUACCAAUGUAGGUAUUGUGUAUUACCAUAUUUCUGUGUCCAAUGAUUAUGGUUUCAGAAAAAACAGAGAUUGUUAGUUAAUAUAGACGGUCAAGCAAAUCUUGGCAUUAAAAAAACCGGUCAAGUGCGAGUCGGACUCGCUCACCGAGGGUUCCGUACAAACUUUCAAUAGUUGGAUCAUCAAAAUGUUAUUCAUAGAAUU